ACGGCAAAGAUUCGUUAGCAUCAAUGAAGUCAGGUAUGGAUUCUGGGAUCCUGAUUGAAACUUGAAUACAGAGAGGCUAGCUACAUGGCUAAAAUCAUGUAGAGAAGCUAACUACACAGAUAAAUUACAAAGAGAAGCCAAUGAGAUGGCUCAAGUCAUAGAGAAGCUAACUACACAGCUAAAAUCAUAGCAGCUAAUUAGAUGGCAAAAGUCAUAUAGAGAAGCUAAUUACAUGGAAAAAAUUGUAGAAUAAACUAACUACAGGGCUAAAAUCAUAGAAGCUAAUGAGAUAGCUAAAGCCAGGGAGGAGCUACCUACACAGCUAAAAUCAUUGAGAGAAGCUAAUUAGAUGGCUAAAAUUUCAAGUGAAACGAUCAAACAUUGAACUUUUUUUUCCAAAACCAGAACUUGUUGCUGUUUAAGACUAACAGACCCUGUGCACGUCAAAAAUGCUAACUUCCGGGUUCUGACCGGAGGGACUUACAGGUCCUUCCGGAGGCUAUUUCGCAGCAUGGAUAACAUGGAAUCAAAAAGAAAAACACCGUUUUCUCGGCAAAACAAAAAAUCAGAUUUCAGCGUGUUCAAGGUCGAUAUGGGAGGUACUGUAGUGUACCAUUAUGUUCAGCUUCUGAUGUUUAUAACGGUUCUAUAAGCCUUCACCGUUUUCCAAAAGACCGGCAUUUGCGGGCUCAUUGCCAAAAUUAGACGAAAUAAAAAUGUUUCACACUGAGCUGAGGAUCGGGAAUAUUAGUGCAUAGUCACUGAUCAAACAGCAAAUAUCUGAUAAACUAUAACAACAAUCCGUGCACUCUUCAAUCAUUUGUUAUUCCGUUUUGACAUCUAAUCAAAUAUAGAGGAAAUCCAAGCAUUUGUCAUUUUGUUCAAACAAAACUACAAAUAUAAAAUGUCUUGCUGAACUUGACUAACCCUUUAAGCUGCAGUCAAUUCCAGACAUUUUCAGUACAAAAAAUCGCUAACAUUCUAUUUGUAAAUAAAAAUAUGACAUAAAAAUACAGGGAAUAUUGGACGCGCACAGCGAGGUGCAUUUCCUUGAAAACGACCUAUUCUUGGAGUAUAUACCGACUUCAAGACAUGUUUUGGACAAAAUAGUUUACUGGCUUGUUUCGUCUGGAUGUCCAAGGUUGGAUUAUGGCCGUUUUUUGUGGAAUAUUUCAUCCGUGUGUAAUAAUGAACCCGGAAAUGUGAGUCGCGCUGUGUACGUUGAAGCCGUGAAUAGAGAACGGAUGGAUGGAUAUUCGUUGUUUGUCGGACAAAUGUGUUUUUCUCACCCGCUGUGGUAAUCACAUCUGAAAGUGUUUUAUACCGGCGGAUUCAUGAGAAUCUAAGCUUUCCAUCGGCGUAUAGUGUUUGUAUAAUCGUGUUUGCAGUUUCAGACAUUUAGCAAAUUGCUUAUGCAGAUCUCAAAGUGUACCGCGGGCGGGACACUGAAGCGCAACUGAAGCGCAACGGGCUAAGCACCAAAGACUAAAGUGUAAAGUGGAUUCUAGUAGCUAACUAAGCAAAAAAUAGUAAUGUAUAAAUACUAGAAAAUAAAAUGAUAAGGUACAUGUUUGGCAAGCCCUACAGUUAAGCUAGUGCUAGUUAUGUAGGAUGUGAUGCCACUUACCUUCAAAGUUAUAUAUGUACUGGGAUAUAUAAAAUUUGAAUCCCUUUUCCCGUUUGCUUUGAGGAGCUGACGAAAAAUCAUCAUCGAGACGAUAAACAUCGUCAACAGAAAUUUUAGGCAAGUUGCCUAGGCAUCUGGAAAAGUAAAGUGUACUGCUGGCUUCUUCCAUUUUGACAGCGCUGUAAGCAGGACUGGAAGUAACUGUAGCACCCGGAGUUUUUCAACCGGAACUAGCACAUGCUAUCAUGCACAGGGUCUAUUCUUGAAAUCAUGAGAAGUUUAGCGCUACUAGCAAACAUCUAGUAACCUGUUAGCGUUUAGCAUUAGAGGCAAACAUGGCAGUUUGUUUGCUGCAAAAAGCAUUUCUGGCAGUAAUUAAACAUUCAAGGAAACCUGCAGCAAAAACAAGAAUUCUCAGUGAACUGUUGGCCGUAAGUUUUCUACAAUCAGAAAUUUGUUAAAGUUCAGACUGCCUCAUGGGGUCACUGAGACCUUCAGAGUCAACAAACUGAUGAAAAUAAAAACAAACAUUCAGCCAAACCUGAUUACUCACAGAGCAGGGAUUUAAACCGACAUGAUACAGAAUUAGACAUGUGUGUGCAUUAUAUUUUAUCAUCACAAUUCUGACAUUUUUAUCAUAACUAUUGGAAUUAUGAGAUUUUUGUGGCAUAAAUAUAAAAUUGUUUUUACGUCUUUUUUUUUGUAAAUUCUCAUAUUGUUAUCAGAACUAUGCAAUAUUUUCUUUUAAUUCUGAUAUCUGUUUAUUAUUGUUAAUUGUAAUUAUGACAUUUUACAUUUUAUAUUUCUGUCCUUUUAUCAUAAUUCUGAAAUAUUUUCUUGUAAUUGUGAUAUUUGUUGACUGUUUACAAUAAUUAAUGCCACAGAAGACAUUUUUUAUUAUAAUUGUGAAAUUUAUAGAAAAUAUGUUGACAUAUUGUAAGAUACGCCUUCACAUAUUUGAUUGUUAGCUCUGUUGUUGGUGUUUUUUGGGUGCCAUUUGGAUUAUUUGUUUUUACUUCAGACUCUAAAUUCUUGUGGUUUUCCGUUCAGAUAAUCCAGCUGAUAGUGUGAUGUCAGACUCAGAUCAGGUGGUUGAGUUCUCCGUUGGUUCAGAUCCAACCAGAGUGGCAGUUUAACUGAUAAACCUCCUCAGAGCUUCAGAUGGAUCCAAACAUGUUGAAGCUGCUGCUGCUGUUGUUCUGGACGAGUUCAGCGCUGGUCAGGGUUCCUCUCCGGCGGGCUCCUUCGAUUCGUUCUCAGUUGCGAGCCGUCGGGCUGCUGGAGGAGUUUCUGAAGGAUCAUCGACCUGACACCUACAACCGUCGCUACGCUCAGUGCUUCCCUUCCGGAACACCGUCGCUGAGGCUCGGACGCUACAGCGAGAAGAUCUACAACUUCAUGGACACUCAGUAUUUUGGUGACAUCAGUUUAGGGACUCCGGAGCAGAACUUCUCGGUGAUUUUCGACACUGGAUCUGCCGACCUCUGGGUGCCGUCGUCUUAUUGCGUCAGCACGGCCUGUGUGCAGCACAAACGUUUCAAGGCGUUUGAUUCGACGUCGUACCGUCAUGAUGGUCGGACGUUUGGGAUUCACUACGGAACGGGACACCUGCUGGGAGUCAUGGCCAGAGACACUAUGAAGAUUGGGAGUCUGACUGCUGUGAACCAAGAGUUUGGUGAAGCCGUGUACGAACCUGGUGACGUUUUCGUGAUGGGGAAGUUCGACGGUGUUCUGGGAAUGGCCUACCCGUCCCUGGCAGAGAUUCUUGGAAACCCUGUUUUCGACAACUUGUUGGCGCAGAAGGCGUUGGACAAGCCGGUGUUCUCGUUCUACCUCGGCAGGACAACAAGGACCACCAGCCCAGAAGGAGAACUGUUGCUAGGCGGAAUAGACGAGGCGAUGUACACCGGACCAAUCAACUGGCUGCCUCUAACUGCUAAGGGAUACUGGCAGAUUAAGAUGGACAGUGUGGCAGUGCAGGGUGUGAGCUCGUUUUGUCCUCAGGGAUGCCAGGCAGUUGUUGAUACUGGAACCUCCCUUAUUGCCGGACCGACCAAUGACAUCCUCAACCUCCAACAGCUGAUCGGAGCCACACCCACAAACUUUGGAGAGUUUCUCAUCGACUGUGUCAGGUUGUCCAGUUUACCUCAUGUGACGUUUGUUCUGGGUGGAAUAGAGUACACGCUGACCGCCGAGCAGUACGUGAAGAAGGAGAUGCUUGGCGACAGGGAGUUGUGUUUCAGCGGCUUCCAGGCCGUGGACAUCAUUUCCUCUGCGGACCCUCUGUGGAUCCUGGGAGACGUAUUCCUGACGGAGUUCUACAGCAUCUUCGACAGAGGACAGGACCGGGUGGGGCUAGCCCGCGCUAAGCAUCCAGCCGAACAGUAGCCUGGUAGUCAAUGUGACUCAGAAUGGCAGCAGUAUAACCAAUAAACACUGUGCAGUUAAGCAGUAUUUUGUAAUUCUUAAUGUGAUACACACAAAUAAAGGACAUCUAGCAGCUAGCUAGCUAGCAAGCAGUAAUAUACUAAAUGCCGUCUAGCAGUUACAUCAAGAAAUAGCAUGAAAAAGGUUAGACGAAACAGAGAAUAAUCUAGUGUUUUACUUUCUGAUCAAAACAACUUGUGAUGGUCUAAAAAUAAUUUCAAAUUUAUAGUUUUAUUAUUUUAUAAUCUGCAGUUAAUGUCUUUUGUAUAAUUUUUAGAAUUUGAGGGCCAGAUUGGACCGUCUGGAGGGCUGGUUUUGGCCCACGAGCUGUUCGAUGUCUUCCAGAGCUCCGGCUACUUUCUCACUGUGAGUCGUUUCCAGUGACGGCUCCCGGGUGCAAAACAAGAUGCUCUGCAGGAAUUUUCCCACCAUGUCCUCCGUCAUGGUGUACAUGACUUCAUGGGAAAAGAGAAGCCAACUGUGUUCCACCUUCGAUGGGAAUGGGAACGAUGGGAGUGUGAUUGGGGCGGCUGUGGUUUUGGGGUGGCUGUGGCUCAGGUGGUAGAGCGGGUCGUCAAAUGAUCACUCUGACCUAGUCAUGUGCUGUUGUGUCCUUGGGCAAGAGACUUUACCCGCCUUGCCUCCAGUGCUGCUCUCACACUGGUGUAUGAAUGCGUGUGAAUGCUGGUAGUGGUCGGAGGGGCCGUAGGUGCGGAUUAGCAGCCACGCUUCCAUCAGUCUGCCUCAGGACAGCUGUGGCUACAAAUGUAGUUUACCACCACCAGAGUGAGAAUGUGUGAGUGAAUGAAUAAUGGAUUCAUUGUGAAGCGCUUUGAGUGCCUUGAAAAGCGCUAUAUAAAUCUAAUCCAUUAUUUCAUUAUUAUUGACUCGUACGGCCAAUCAUCAGAUGAUCGUACAUUUUAUGAGUCAGUUCCCUCGAGAACUUCCUGACUUCUUCGCUUUCUUGCAUUUUCCUGAUGUGUUUUCCAGCUUCGUCUGACAUGUCAUACAGAUCGGCUAGACUAGCUUUGAUGGAUCCAAACUGUAACGGAGUCUGAUGUUUCCCACCACAUGUUGGUGAGAAGAUCAGGUAGCUCGGUGAGGGAACGCACCUUGGAGUGGACGGCCUGGGAGACAGGGGAAUGAACCCAUGUAGAAAGAAUUCAUCUUCAGCUCCAGUGCUUUGGACUUGAACUUCGGAUCUGUCUUUUUAAAGGCGCGCUUCAGGUCUGAAACCAUUUGGUCAAACUUUUUGGCAGCCUGGAAAAAGCAACUUCUUGGCACCGGCCACAUCUUCCGAAGACGCAGCAUGUGAGGACAUGAAGUUUUUUACCUUGCUGACGAUCGGGCUCAAGUUAAAAUGAGGUCUGGGGGAUUUCUGAGGAGAUGCAGCUCCACUCCCAGCCUCACAGAUGUGCAGGUCACUCAGAAUCAUUCGAACAAUCUCAGCCGCAACAUGACCCUCUUCCUCUUCUGACUCUGAGGACCAUUUAUCCAGAAUGUCCCUCACACGGUUGAUGGUUGCAAGAACAGAGAUGUUAGAUUUUCAGCUUUCAAGGUUCUUUUCCAAAGCAGAGGAACCAUAUUUCUGUUUGUAGCAGCGGCCGCUCAGCUUUGUCGCGAAUCUCUUCAGACAUGCAGUGGCGUGAAGCACCAUCUGAUGAAGAGCUUCGGUGCUGAACUUGGCAUCACUAACUCCAAGAUUUUAAAUACUGUCGUUUACUGCAAAUGAAUAUCUGCUCCAAAUGUCUCACUAAUAAUCAUUAUUCACAGUAUAACAUAACUUGCUAAUGAAAUUGUAAAAAUGCUUUGAGUUUCAUUUUAUAUUUACAAUAACAAGAAAAUAAAAUGAGUAAAUGAAUAUCUCCUCCAGAUGUCUCACUAAUAAUCAUUAUCAGCCUUAAAACCCACAAACACCCCCCCUCUAUACUGGACCACACUUAGUACAGUCCGGUUCCCCCUUCUAUAAAUCCAUUUGGAAUCUUCCACUUCCUGUUUGUCAAAGUGGCCUUCUACCUGGACAGGUUUUGUUGGAGCUCAUCAACAAACAUUUUGGGUAACUGCACUUUAAUAUGGAUGGAUGACACUGAAUUAGUCUGUUUUAAUGAGACUGAGUUCAGAUGUGUAGCUCUGUCAUUAAAUAGGAAAUUUCUCAGAAUUCACAGAGAAAAGUCUGAAAUGUUUGCUAGGUUAGCGUCCCACAUGUUCUGUGGCUCAGCUAAAGCUAACUCUCUCCAACUUCUGGAUCUCUGGAGUUGCUUGUUGUUCAAAUAUCUUGCUAGAGGUGCUGAAACUAAGAAAGUCUGAGAUGUUUGUUCAAAAUCAGCUCAUUCUCAAGUCUGAUCUGAACUGUCCUCUUUAGUUUGAACUUUUCCUAAAUUUAGGAGUUAAUGACAGAGCAGCACAUCCAGACUCAGUCUCAUCUGUCCUUGCCCCCUUUCUUUUUUUUCAUCCUCUACACUGCAGACUUCUCCCAUCACACCACAAACUGCCAUCUUCAGAAGUUCUCUGACGACUCUGCCAUCGUCGAGAGUACAGAGAACUUAACCAGGACUUUGUGGACUGGUUCCUGCUGAACAGCCUCCAGAUCAAUGCGGUGAAAACCAAGGAGCUGGUGGUGGACUUUAGCAGGAACAGACACACUUCUCCUACACCAGUGAACAUCCAGGGAACGGACAUUGAGAUUGUGGACUCCUACAGGUACCUGGGUGUUCACUUAAACAAGAACCUGGACUGGACUACUAACACCAGCACACUUUACAAGAAAGGUCAGAGCAGACUCCACCUGCUCAGAAAACUGAGGUCCUUCGGGGUGCAGGGAGCACUUCUGAAGACCUUUUAUGACUCUGUGGUGGCAUCAGCCAUCAUGUAUGGAGUGGUCUGCUGGAGCAGCAGCAUCAGACAGGAGGAGACUAAACAAACUGGUAAAGAAAGCCAGUUCUGUCCUGGGCUGCCCCCUUGAUCCUGUGGAGGUGGUGGGAGACCAAACCCGGUCUCACGGGGAUUCGUGAAACUGUCACGUAAGUUUUAGUUUCGGUUUCGUGCGCACCAACACGAUUUCGUCAUGUUUUUCGUGCCGCUCACCACGAAAUGUUUUUCGCUGUGGUAAUCACAUCUGAAAGUGGUUUAUACCGGCGGAUUCAUGACGAUCUAAGCUGUCCAUCGGCGUAUACUGCUUGUGUGAUCGCGUUUGCGGC